AUGGCUAUCAUAAAGCGAGGAGUCCGGCAGAAGACGCAACCUCCCGCCAAACGGACAACGAACAUCAAGAAAGCGACCUUCGACUCCGGGAAGAAGAAGGAAGUCGGAGUGUCUGAUUUGACACUGCUGUCGAAAAUCUCUGACGAACAUAUAAACGAAAACCUUAAGAGGCGUUUCGAGAAUGGCAGCAUCUACACUUAUAUUGGUCACGUGCUAAUUAGUGUGAAUCCCUUCCGGGACCUGGGCAUCUACACAGACCAGGUCUUGGAGACGUACAAGGGACGCAACCGGCUUGAAGUGCCUCCGCAUGUAUUUGCAAUUGCGGAAGCGAUGUACUACAACCUCAAGGCCUACAAUGAAAAUCAGUGCGUGAUUAUUUCAGGGGAGUCGGGAGCCGGAAAGACCGAAGCGGCAAAGCGCAUAAUGCAGUACAUUGCGGCUGCAUCUUCAUCUCAUGAGGCUUCAAUUGGCAGGAUUAAAGAUAUGGUCUUGGCUACUAAUCCGCUUUUGGAAUCUUUUGGGUGCGCAAAGACGUUGCGAAACAACAACUCAUCGCGCCACGGUAAGUACCUGGAGAUUCGUUUUAACGCACAGUUCGAACCAUGCGCCGGCCAGAUAACGAACUACCUUUUGGAAAAGCAGCGGGUUGUGGGUCAGAUAAAGAACGAGCGUAAUUUCCACAUUUUCUAUCAAUUCUCAAAGGGAGCCUCUGAUCGUUAUAGAAAGACAUACGGCGUACAAUUGCCGGAGCAAUACGUGUACACAUCUGCCUCAGGCUGUACGUCCGUGGAUACUAUUGACGAUCUGAACGACUACGAAGCUACACUGGAGGCGAUGAAUGUGAUUGGCUUGAGCCAAGCUGAACAAGACGAGAUAUUCAGGCUACUGUCCGCUAUCUUAUGGAUCGGAAAUGUCACUUUUAUGGAAGAUGACGAAGGGAACGCAAAGAUUGCCGAUACCUCAAUAACUGAUUUCGUUGCUUAUCUACUGCAAGUGGAUGCAGGACUGCUUGUGAAGUCUUUGGUUGAGCGGACGAUCGAGACUACACACGGCAUGAGGAGGGGGUCUAUCUAUAAUGUACCACUGAAUAUCGUACAGGCAACCGCAGUAAGGGAUGCUCUGGCCAAAGCCAUCUACAACAAUCUAUUUGAGUGGAUUGUGGAUCGCGUUAACGUAUCUCUACAGGCGUUGCCAGGUGCAGAAAAAUCCAUCGGCAUCCUGGACAUAUAUGGGUUCGAGAUUUUUGAACAUAAUUCCUUUGAACAAAUUUGUAUUAAUUACGUGAAUGAAAAGCUGCAGCAGAUAUUUAUCCAACUCACCCUUAAGUCAGAGCAGGAAGAGUACGCAAAGGAGCAAAUUCAGUGGACUCCGAUAAAGUACUUUGAUAACAAGGUGGUUUGUGAAUUAAUAGAGGCAAAAAGACCUCCCGGGAUAUUUGCUGCUCUAAAUGAUUCCGUCGCCACGGCGCAUGCUGAUUCCAAUGCUGCAGAUCAAGCAUUUGCCCAACGGCUAAACCUAUUUACCAGCAACCCGCAUUUUGAGUUGCGUUCAUCGAAAUUUGUGAUAAAGCACUAUGCUGGUGAUGUGACAUAUGAUAUCGGCGGAAUGACGGAUAAAAAUAAGGACCAAUUGCAAAGGGAUUUGGUUGAACUGCUUAACAGCACAUCGAAUACCUUUUUAGCUACCAUUUUUCCUGACACUGGAGAUAAGGACUCCAAACGAAGACCGCCUACUGCGGGUGACAAAAUCAUCAGAAGUGCCAACGAACUUGUUGAUACCCUAUCAAAAGCACAGCCCUCCUAUAUUAGGACCAUAAAGCCAAAUCAAACCAAGUCGCCUCUAGAUUAUGAUGAUCGCCAGGUAUUGCACCAGGUUAAAUAUCUUGGGCUACAGGAGAAUGUGCGGAUCCGGAGAGCAGGUUUCGCCUAUAGGCAGACAUUUGAGAAGUUUGUGGAAAGAUUUUAUCUGCUUUCGCCUCAGUGUUCGUAUGCAGGUGAUUAUACAUGGCAAGGUAAUACCUUAGAUGCUGUCAAUUUAAUUUUGAGAGAUACCUCAAUUCCUGUGACUGAAUAUCAGUUGGGUGUAACGAAGGUAUUUAUUAAAACACCUGAGACCUUGUUUGCUUUGGAAAACAUGAGGGAUAAGUAUUGGCAUAAUAUGGCAUCUCGCAUUCAGAGAGCCUGGCGGCGGUUUUUACAACGGCGUAUCGAUUCUGCGAUUCGUAUCCAGCGUGCUAUCCGUGAGAUGAAACAUGGGAACCAAUUCGAACAACUCCGGGAUUACGGUAACAAGUUGUUGGGUGGCAGAAAGGAGAGGCGUGCAAUGUCUUUGUUAGGUUACAGGGCAUUCCUGGGAGACUACCUUUCUUGUAAUGAGCUGAAAUCGAAGGGUGCGUUUGUCAAAAGGAAAGCUGGAAUUAAUGAUCAUGUCGUAUUCUCUAUCAAUGGGCAAGCGCUACAUUCAAAAUUUGGUAGGUCGGCCCAAAGGCUACCCAAAACCUUUAUACUUACGCCAUCCCAUUUCUACAUUAUCGGAAAGACACUGGUUAAUAAUCAACUCACCUAUGCUGUCGAUUAUAAGAUUGAUGUGAGGCAAAUUGUCUACGUAUCGCUCACCAACUUACAAGAUGAUUGGGUUGGUAUUUUUGUAAGCAAUUCCACCCAGCCUGACCCAUUGAUUAAUACCUACUUCAAGACAGAAUUGAUCACACAUCUCAAAAAACUCAACAACCGCAUAGAGAUCAAAAUUGGCCCUACUAUCGAGUAUCAGAAAAAGCCAGGUAAAAUACAUGCCGUCAAAUCUCAAAUAAAUGAGAACGCUCCCCCAUUAGGGGAUAUUUACAAGUCCAGUACCAUUAUGGUUCGCCGUGGCCGUCCUGGUAAUUGCUCACAGAGGAAAAAACCCUUAUCAACACGUCUUCCAGACACAUACACUACGCGGGAAACCGGCUACAAGAAUGCUGGACAUCCAACCAAUAUUCGUCAGGUACAAGAACCAACCCAUAUAUCCCACAGUCAGCAACACACAUCAAGCAAUCUGGGCUUUGUUUAUUCACUUAACCCCUCCGCCGUGAAUCACCCACGCCCUGUUCCUUCUGGUUCGGUUGGAACCACUUCCACACCGCCGAAACAGGCCGCCUCGGCAGCACAGGCCGCUUAUAAUCCUCAUAAGCUAGGAGGGAACAUGGACAAUAGUUCAGCAGCGUAUGGUAACGCUAGUGCCCUACCCAAUUCAGCUCCAAGUCAAGCGCCGAAACCAGCUUCCAGGCCCGUGCCAAAACCAGCGCCUAGACCAGGGCCAAAGCCAGGGCCUAAGCCAGGGCCCAAGCCAGGGCCUAAGCCGGCACCAAAGCCGAUGCCCAGGCCAGCGAAGUCCGUGGAGAACUCAGUGCCUCGCCCAAACGCAAUAGAGCAAGGGAAGACUGCACCACCUCCACCACCGCCACCACCACCACCCCCAGCUGCCGUGCCCUCAGAACCAGUAUACGAAGCCGCUUUUGACUUCCCCGGCUCAGGUUCUCCUAACGAGUUUCCACUGAAGAAGGGGGAUCGUAUUUACGUAACACGGCAAGAACCAAGUGGGUGGUCUUUAGCCAAAGCACUCGAUGGCUCCAAGGAGGGCUGGGUCCCUACCGCCUAUAUUGUUGAAUCCAAAGCUGCAUUCUCACAGCUAGAGCAGCCAGUCGCCUCUUCUGCUCCUCUCGGAAAUUCGGGUGUAGCGACACGAGAGGCUGGAACAACUUCUGCUGCUACUGCUGCUGCUUCUGCCGCGACUCCUACGGCUUUCAGUGCAGGUUUGGCGGAUGCACUUGCCGCGCGUGCCAACAAGAUGCGCCAUGAGGACUCAGGCAGUGACGACAAUGCCGAUGAUGACUGGUAG